AUGGCUCCGGUAGUCGAUAGCUCGGCAAUUCCGGGCACAGUAACGCUGGUUGAUGUGCAGCAUGUUCUACAUACGCGACAUUUAGAUCAUGGUGAUGGAGAUAUUGUUCUUAUCCCUACGCCCUCUGGCGAUCCAGAUGACCCCCUCAAUUGGAGUCCCAGUAGGAAACUGCUGUCUACGAUUUCCGUGAGCGUAUAUACAUUAUUUUCGGGAAUCGCUUGCUCGGUCGUCUACUCGGUUCUUACAGAGCUGUCGGAGGAGACCGGUCUUUCAGUCGAUACAUUGAAUCAAGGAACGGGUUAUUUGUUUUUAUUGGCAGGAUGGGGACUCUUGUUUUGGCAGCCUUUUGCCAUGCAGUAUGGAAAACGAAUGACAUAUAUUCUUUCAUUGGCGGGGAUCUUGGGUACUACCAUGUGGGGACCUUACGCGAAAACCCAAGGCCAAUGGAUCGCUAGAUGCGUUCUUCAAGGUUUCUUUACUGCUCCCAUCGAAGCACUCCCAGAGAUAACAGUCACGGAUGUCUAUUUUACCCACGAGCGUGGGACCUAUAUGGGCUUAUAUGCCUUUUUCCUGGCUGGUAGCAAUUACUUCGCCCCAGUCAUCUGUGGCUUCAUUGCCCAAUAUCAGGGCUGGAGAUGGGUCUUUUACUGGCCUAGCGUUUUCUGUGGAAUUGCUAUGAUCUUCCUCUUCUUUUUCAUGGAAGAAACAAAUUACGUUCGCGAAGAUAAUAUCCAAGAUGCCACCGUUGCUAAUGUUCGACUGGCGCCCUCUCAAAGCGCUAAUAGUAGCGAGGCGGAUCCUGAAAAGGUUCUUUCCUCCGAUGAGCCCUCCCCGACUGCAGAAGUUGGCGCGGUAUAUACAAAGAAACCAUACUGGAAGAAACUCUCAAUUUUGGGUCCUCGACAAAAACAAAAUACCAUGUUUCGGAGAGCUUGGCAAAGUUUAUAUUACUUGUCCUGGCCCGUCAUCUUCUAUGCUGGAUUCUCUUACGGCUCAUAUUUGGUCCUUUUUAAUAUCCUGAACGGAACUGCAUCGAUAAUCUUGGGGGGAGCUCCAUACAAAUUUGGAUCCUCCAUGGUUGGUCUCAGCUACCUAGCAUGUUGCCUCGGAGUUGGCAUAGGAUCAAUAUUCACUGGACGAUUUAGUGAUUGGUUGACAGUCAAGCUUGCUCGCCGCAACAAUGGAAUUAUGGAGGCUGAGCAUCGUCUCUGGCCAUUCAUUGCCUGCCUCUUUCUAGUACCGGGCUCCCUCCUCCUUUGGGGAGUCGGUGCUGCUCAUGAAGUUCACUGGUUUGGUCUUCUUGUCGCCAUGUGCAUGCUCGCAUUUACCAACACCUGUGGCAUUACACUCAGCGUCAAUUACUUGGUUGAUAGCUAUCGAGAGCUGAGCGGAGUGGCAAUGGCAACUGUGAUUUUGGUGCGAAAUACGAUGUCAUUCGCUAUCGGUUACGGUAUUACCCCAUGGGUUGAUAACCUCGGAUACCAGAAUUGCUUUGUAUCCGCUGCUUUUGUCGGAAUGGCCUGUGCGGCUGUUUUCCUGGUGAUGAUUAAGUAUGGAAAGUCUUAUCGUAUUCGCAGCCGGGAGAGAUACUGGAAGAUUGUACAAGAGAACUGGGAGAAGGGAAUGGGACACUAA